AUGAAACUGUUACAGGCUUGUUCUGGUAUCGGUUCAGCACCAAGAGUUAAUCCUCGAGCGGUUUUUGCCAAUAAUGAACUCGACCUUGGUACAAUUGAUGUCUACGGCUUUGACUACGAUUACACUCUUGCUGUUUACACUCGACAUCUAAAUGCGCUUAUCUACAAAUUGGCCCUACACCGCCUCAUAUCGCAGUUCAAGUAUCCCGAAAAUAUACUGUAUGUACCUUAUGACAGUGAAUUUGCAAUUCGUGGUUUGCACUUUGAUGUAGAAAGUUCUUGUCUUUUGAAAGUUGACGCUUUUUUACAAAUUCAGAAUGGAUCCGUGUACAAAGGAAAAAGAAGGUUAGCCGACAGUGAAGUGAAGAGGCUGUUCCCACGACUCUCUCUUUCUAACAUCGACGGGCGCCAGGUGCCGCAACUGGUGGAUUUCUUUUCCCUACCUUGGGCAGGUCUACUUUCUACUGUAGUGCACUACUGUGACCUUCACCAUAUCGUAUUUGACCCAAAAUGUUUAUUUGAUGAUUUGGAGGAGUGUGUGAAACAAGUUCAUACCAGUGGUGAGAUGUACCGUGCAGUCUGUGAUAAUCUGGAACACUACAUGCAUCGCAAUGAAGGCCUUAAAGAAUAUUUAGACUUAUUACAUUCGAACAACAAGGAGCUAUUUGUUGUGACCAACAGCCCUUUCCCGUUUAUAAAUGUUGGAAUGACGUAUAUGUUAGGUGAGGAUUGGCGGAAAUACUUCAAGUAUAUAGUUGUGUUGGCGAAAAAACCAACGUUCUUCAAGGGACGCGAACCGUUUCGAAUCUACGAUCCAGAAUUGGAAAUUAUGAGUUUUGAGAAGGUGCAUCGUUUGGAGGAAGGUCAAAUAUAUUCUGGAGGAAAUAUCGAAGAUCUGUCAAUUCGUGCUGGUUUCAAAAACAAGGGUGUGCUCUAUUUCGGUGACCACAUUUACACUGACUUAGCAGAUCCAAUUCUGAGGUUGGGAUGGCGUACGGCGGCUGUCGUACCUGAACUGGCACGAGAAAUCAGAGUGCAAAACGACGAUACCUAUCAGGAAAUUAUACAGUGGUUGGCUAUGCUCACUGCAAUCAUAGAAGUGUACAGACCAGAUUCCUUACAAGAUCCUGAUGCAGCUAGUGUAAUAGAGGAGUGGCAAGAUGAAAGAAGUCGUUACAGGUAUGACUACUAUUUGUGGCGAGCGGAGUCAUAUAACAUGAAGGUUGAGCACGAUCCAUUGAACGUCUAUUGGGCG